AUGCCUCGUUUUCCCAAUAGCACGAAUUCAUCAAGCAGCAACAAUCAAAAUCGAUACAAUCCCUACUCGAACAAUAUUCGUUCAUUAGGAAGCAAGAGUUCCAACAACACCAAUAGUACUAUUACAACUAGUGUUCGAUCUUUAUCAACAUCUCAACAAGUACAACCAUCACCAACAAACAAUCUCAACAUUCGUUACAAUUCAUCAGGCUACAGGCAAUUUUUAAUUCUGAUAAUGGUUUGGGGUGGAAAUUCACCCACAGAAGAGUUGCCGAAAAGAAGAUUGGAAGUGAAAUUAUACGUUCAUCACAUCAAUAAAAACAAGACAGACAAUCGAUAUGGAAAUUUGGCAGUGCUCGAUGGGGCCAUUCAUCAACAUUUACAUAACUCAAAGAGUGAAAAAACGGCUUGUUUUAGAUGUGGUAGGACCUCUCAUCAUGCCAGUCAAUGUUUUGCUAAUUCAGAUGUUUUUGGAAGGUCAGUUGUAGGUUCUGGGUCAAGAACAAGUUAUUAUUCAGAUGAUGAGAGUAGUAGUGACGAUGAUAGUUAUGGAGGUUGUUCUCGAUGUGGAAGAUCUUCGCAUACCAGCUCUAAUUGUUACGCAAGAAGUGAUAGGUAUGAAUUGUAA